GGGGCAAGAGGGGCACGGAAGACGGAAGGAAACAGCGGGCGCGAAGAGAGAGAAAAGCGGGGGAGCAGAGGGGGGCGGGAGGGCACGGCAGGGGAACAGAAACACGAGGGCAACAGGACGGGACGCAGAAAGCGGGAAACGGACAAGCGGGAGCAGGGAAGGCCGAACAGAAGGGGGGGCAGAGAACGGCGAACACAGGAAAAACGGGCGGACAGCAGGGCAGAAAACAGGGGAGGGCAGAAGACAGAAGCAGGGGGCAGGGGGCAAGAGGGGCACGGAAGACGGAAGGAAACAGCGGGCGCGAAGAGAGAGAAAAGCGGGGGAGCAGAGGGGGGCGGGAGGGCACGGCAGGGGAACAGAAACACGAGGGCAGCAGGACGGGACGCAGAAAGCGGGAAACGGACAAGCGGGAGCAGGGAAGGCCGAACAGAAGGGGGGGGCAGAGAACGGCGAACACAGGAAAAACGGGCGGACAGCAGGGCAGAAAACAGGGGAGGCAGAAGGCAGAAGCAGGGGGCAGGGGGCAAGAGGGGCACGGAAGACGGAAGGAAACAGCGGGAGCGAAGAGAGAGAAAGCGGGGGAGCAGAGGGGGGCGGGAGGGCACGGCAGGGGAACAGAAACACGAGGGCAGCAGGACGGGACGCAGAAAGCGGGAAACGGACAAGCGGGAGCAGGGAAGGCCGAACAGGAGGGGGGGCAGAGAACGGCGAACACAGGAAAAACGGGCGGACAGCAGGGCAGAAAACAGGGGACGGCAGAAGGCAGAAGCAGGGGCAGGGGGCAAGAGGGGCACGGAAGACGGAAGGAAACAGCGGGCGCGAAGAGAGAGACAAGCGGGGGAGCAGAGGGGGCGGGAGGGCACGGCAGGGGAACAGAAGCACGAGGGCAACAGGACGGGACGCAGAAAGCGGGAAACGGACAAGCGGGAGCAGGGAAGGCCGAACAGGAGGGGGGGGCAGAGAACGGCGAACACAGGAAAAACGGGCGGACAGCAGGGCAGAAAACAGGGGAGGGCAGAAGGCAGAAGCAGGGGGCAGGGGGGCAAGAGGGGCACGGAAGACGGAAGGAAACAGCGGGCGCGAAGAGAGAGAAAAGCGGGGGAGCAGAGGGGGGCGGAGGGCACGGCAGGGGAACAGAAACACGAGGGCAGCAGGACGGGACGCAGAAAGCGGGAAACGGACAAGCGGGAGCAGGGAAGGCCGAACAGAAGGGGGGGGCAGAGAACGGCGAACACAGGAAAAACGGGCGGACAGCAGGGCAGAAAACAGGGGAGGGCAGAAGGCAGAAGCAGGGGCAGGGGGCAAGAGGGGCACGGAAGACGGAAGGAAACAGCGGGCGCGAAGAGAGAGAAAAGCGGGGGAGCAGAGGGGGGCGGGAGGGCACGGCAGGGGAACAGAAACACGAGGGCAACAGGACGGGACGCAGAAAGCGGGAAACGGACAAGCGGGAGCAGGGAAGGCCGAACAGAAGGGGGGGGCAGAGAACGGCGAACACAGGAAAAACGGGCGGACAGCAGGGCAGAAAACAGGGGAGGGCAGAAGGCAGAAGCAGGGGGCAGGGGGGCAAGAGGGGCACGGAAGACGGAAGGAAACAGCGGGCGCGAAGAGAGAGAAAAGCGGGGGAGCAGAGGGGGGCGGGAGGGCACGGCAGGGGAACAGAAACACGAGGGCAACAGGACGGGACGCAGAAAGCGGGAAACGGACAAGCGGGAGCAGGGAAGGCCGAACAGAAGGGGGGGGCAGAGAACGGCGAACACAGGAAAAACGGGCGGACAGCAGGGCAGAAAACAGGGGAGGGCAGAAGGCAGAAGCAGGGGGCAGGGGGGCAAGAGGGGCACGGAAGACGGAAGGAAACAGCGGGCGCGAAGAGAGAGAAAAGCGGGGGAGCAGAGGGGGGCGGGAGGGCACGGCAGGGGAACAGAAACACGAGGGCAACAGGACGGGACGCAGAAAGCGGGAAACGGACAAGCGGGAGCAGGGAAGGCCGAACAGAAGGGGGGGGCAGAGAACGGCGAACACAGGAAAAACGGGCGGACAGCAGGGCAGAAAACAGGGGAGGGCAGAAGGCAGAAGCAGGGGGCAGGGGGCAAGAGGGGCACGGAAGACGGAAGGAAACAGCGGGCGCGAAGAGAGAGAAAAGCGGGGGAGCAGAGGGGGCGGGAGGGCACGGCAGGGGAACAGAAACACGAGGGCAGCAGGACGGGACGCAGAAAGCGGGAAACGGACAAGCGGGAGCAGGGAAGGCCGAACAGAAGGGGGGGGCAGAGAACGGCGAACACAGGAAAAACGGGCGGACAGCAGGGCAGAAAACAGGGAGGGCAGAAGGCAGAAGCAGGGGCAGGGGGGCAAGAGGGGCACGGAAGACGGAAGGAAACAGCGGGCGCGAAGAGAGAGAAAAGCGGGGGAGCAGAGGGGGGCGGGAGGGCACGGCAGGGGAACAGAAACACGAGGGCAACAGGACGGGACGCAGAAAGCGGGAAACGGACAAGCGGGAGCAGGGAAGGCCGAACAGAAGGGGGGGGCAGAGAACGGCGAACACAGGAAAAACGGGCGGACAGCAGGGCAGAAAACAGGGGAGGGCAGAAGCAGAAGCAGGGGCAGGGGGGCAAGAGGGGCACGGAAGACGGAAGGAAACAGCGGGCGCGAAGAGAGAGAAAAGCGGGGGAGCAGAGGGGGCGGGAGGGCACGGCAGGGGAACAGAAACACGAGGGCAGCAGGACGGGACGCAGAAAGCGGGAAACGGACAAGCGGGAGCAGGGAAGGCCGAACAGAAGGGGGGGGCAGAGAACGGCGAACACAGGAAAAACGGGCGGACAGCAGGGCAGAAAACAGGGGAGGCAGAAGGCAGAAGCAGGGGGCAGGGGGCAAGAGGGGCACGGAAGACGGAAGGAAACAGCGGGCGCGAAGAGAGAGAAAAGCGGGGGAGCAGAGGGGGGCGGGAGGGCACGGCAGGGGAACAGAAACACGAGGGCAACAGGACGGGACGCAGAAAGCGGGAAACGGACAAGCGGGAGCAGGGAAGGCCGAACAGAAGGGGGGGGCAGAGAACGGCGAACACAGGAAAAACGGGCGGACAGCAGGGCAGAAAACAGGGACGGCAGAAGGCAGAAGCGGGGGCAGGGGGGCAAGAGGGGCACGGAAGACGGAAGGAAACAGCGGGCGCGAAGAGAGAGAAAAGCGGGGGAGCAGAGGGGGCGGGAGGGCACGGCAGGGAACAGAAACACGAGGGCAGCAGGACGGGACGCAGAAAGCGGGAAACGGACAAGCGGGAGCAGGGAAGGCCGAACAGAAGGGGGGGGCAGAGAACGGCGAACACAGGAAAAACGGGCGGACAGCAGGGCAGAAAACAGGGGACGGCAGAAGGCAGAAGCAGGGGGCAGGGGGGCAAGAGGGGCACGGAAGACGGAAGGAAACAGCGGGCGCGAAGAGAGAGAAAAGCGGGGGAGCAGAGGGGGGCGGGAGGGCACGGCAGGGAACAGAAACACGAGGGCAACAGGACGGGACGCAGAAAGCGGGAAACGGACAAGCGGGAGCAGGGAAGGCCGAACAGAAGGGGGGGGCAGAGAACGGCGAACACAGGAAAAACGGGCGGACAGCAGGGCAGAAAACAGGGGAGGGCAGAAGGCAGAAGCAGGGGGCAGGGGGCAAGAGGGGCACGGAAGACGGAAGGAAACAGCGGGCGCGAAGAGAGAGAAAAGCGGGGGAGCAGAGGGGGGCGGGAGGGCACGGCAGGGGAACAGAAACACGAGGGCAACAGGACGGGACGCAGAAAGCGGGAAACGGACAAGCGGGAGCAGGGAAGGCCGAACAGGAGGGGGGGGCAGAGAACGGCGAACACAGGAAAAACGGGCGGACAGCAGGGCAGAAAACAGGGGAGGGCAGAAGGCAGAAGCAGGGGCAGGGGGGCAAGAGGGGCACGGAAGACGGAAGGAAACAGCGGGCGCGAAGAGAGAGAAAAGCGGGGGAGCAGAGGGGGCGGGAGGGCACGGCAGGGGAACAGAAACACGAGGGCAACAGGACGGGACGCAGAAAGCGGGAAACGGACAAGCGGGAGCAGGGAAGGCCGAACAGGAGGGGGGGGCAGAGAACGGCGAACACAGGAAAAACGGGCGGACAGCAGGGCAGAAAACAGGGAGGGCAGAAGGCAGAAGCAGGGGCAGGGGGCAAGAGGGGCACGGAAGACGGAAGGAAACAGCGGGCGCGAAGAGAGAGAAAAGCGGGGAGCAGAGGGGGCGGGAGGGCACGGCAGGGGAACAGAAACACGAGGGCAACAGGACGGGACGCAGAAAGCGGGAAACGGACAAGCGGGAGCAGGGAAGGCCGAACAGGAGGGGGGGCAGAGAACGGCGAACACAGGAAAAACGGGCGGACAGCAGGGCAGAAAACAGGGGACGGCAGAAGCAGAAGCGGGGGCAGGGGGGCAAGAGGGGCACGGAAGACGGAAGGAAACAGCGGGCGCGAAGAGAGAGAAAAGCGGGGGAGCAGAGGGGGCGGGAGGGCACGGCAGGGAACAGAAACACGAGGGCAGCAGGACGGGACGCAGAAAGCGGGAAACGGACAAGCGGGAGCAGGGAAGGCCGAACAGAAGGGGGGGGCAGAGAACGGCGAACACAGGAAAAACGGGCGGACAGCAGGGCAGAAAACAGGGGAGGGCAGAAGGCAGAAGCGGGGGCAGGGGGGCAAGAGGGGCACGGAAGACGGAAGGAAACAGCGGGAGCGAAGAGAGAGAAAAGCGGGGGAGCAGAGGGGGGCGGGAGGGCACGGCAGGGGAACAGAAACACGAGGGCAACAGGACGGGACGCAGAAAGCGGGAAACGGACAAGCGGGAGCAGGGAAGGCCGAACAGGAGGGGGGGGCAGAGAACGGCGAACACAGGAAAAACGGGCGGACAGCAGGGCAGAAAACAGGGGACGGCAGAAGGCAGAAGCGGGGGCAGGGGGGCAAGAGGGGCACGGAAGACGGAAGGAAACAGCGGGCGCGAAGAGAGAGAAAAGCGGGGGAGCAGAGGGGGGCGGGAGGGCACGGCAGGGGAACAGAAACACGAGGGCAGCAGGACGGGACGCAGAAAGCGGGAAACGGACAAGCGGGAGCAGGGAAGGCCGAACAGAAGGGGGGGCAGAGAACGGCGAACACAGGAAAAACGGGCGGACAGCAGGGCAGAAAACAGGGGAGGGCAGAAGGCAGAAGCAGGGGGCAGGGGGCAAGAGGGGCACGGAAGACGGAAGGAAACAGCGGGCGCGAAGAGAGAGAAAAGCGGGGAGCAGAGGGGGGCGGGAGGGCACGGCAGGGGAACAGAAACACGAGGGCAGCAGGACGGGACGCAGAAAGCGGGAAACGGACAAGCGGGAGCAGGGAAGGCCGAACAGAGGGGGGGGCAGAGAACGGCGAACACAGGAAAAACGGGCGGACAGCAGGGCAGAAAACAGGGGACGGCAGAAGGCAGAAGCGGGGGGCAGGGGGCAAGAGGGGCACGGAAGACGGAAGGAAACAGCGGGCGCGAAGAGAGAGAAAAGCGGGGGAGCAGAGGGGGGCGGGAGGGCACGGCAGGGGAACAGAAACACGAGGGCAACAGGACGGGACGCAGAAAGCGGGAAACGGACAAGCGGGAGCAGGGAAGGCCGAACAGGAGGGGGGGGCAGAGAACGGCGAACACAGGAAAAACGGGCGGACAGCAGGGCAGAAAACAGGGGACGGCAGAAGACAGAAGCGGGGGCAGGGGGGCAAGAGGGGCACGGAAGACGGAAGGAAACAGCGGGAGCGAAGAGAGAGAAAAGCGGGGGAGCAGAGGGGGGCGGGAGGGCACGGCAGGGCAACAGAAACACGAGGGCAGCAGGACGGGACGCAGAAAGCGGGAAACGGACAAGCGGGAGCAGGGAAGGCCGAACAGAAGGGGGGGGCAGAGAACGGCGAACACAGGAAAAACGGGCGGACAGCAGGGCAGAAAACAGGGGACGGCAGAAGGCAGAAGCGGGGGGCAGGGGGGCAAGAGGGGCACGGAAGACGGAAGGAAACAGCGGGAGCGAAGAGAGAGAAAAGCGGGGGAGCAGAGGGGGGCGGGAGGGCACGGCAGGGCAACAGAAACACGAGGGCAGCAGGACGGGACGCAGAAAGCGGGAAACGGACAAGCGGGAGCAGGGAAGGCCGAACAGAAGGGGGGGGCAGAGAACGGCGAACACAGGAAAAACGGGCGGACAGCAGGGCAGAAAACAGGGGACGGCAGAAGACAGAAGCGGGGGGCAGGGGGGCAAGAGGGGCACGGAAGACGGAAGGAAACAGCGGGCGCGAAGAGAGAGAAAAGCGGGGGAGCAGAGGGGGGCGGGAGGGCACGGCAGGGGAACAGAAACACGAGGGCAACAGGACGGGACGCAGAAAGCGGGAAACGGACAAGCGGGAGCAGGGAAGGCCGAACAGGAGGGGGGGGCAGAGAACGGCGAACACAGGAAAAACGGGCGGACAGCAGGGCAGAAAACAGGGGACGGCAGAAGACAGAAGCGGGGGCAGGGGGCAAGAGGGGCACGGAAGACGGAAGGAAACAGCGGGCGCGAAGAGAGAGAAAAGCGGGGGAGCAGAGGGGGCGGGAGGGCACGGCAGGGGAACAGAAACACGAGGGCAACAGGACGGGACGCAGAAAGCGGGAAACGGACAAGCGGGAGCAGGGAAGGCCGAACAGGAGGGGGGGGCAGAGAACGGCGAACACAGGAAAAACGGGCGGACAGCAGGGCAGAAAACAGGGGACGGCAGAAGGCAGAAGCGGGGGCAGGGGGGCAAGAGGGGCACGGAAGACGGAAGGAAACAGCGGGAGCGAAGAGAGAGAAAAGCGGGGGAGCAGAGGGGGGCGGGAGGGCACGGCAGGGAACAGAAACACGAGGGCAGCAGGACGGGACGCAGAAAGCGGGAAACGGACAAGCGGGAGCAGGGAAGGCCGAACAGAAGGGGGGGGCAGAGAACGGCGAACACAGGAAAAACGGGCGGACAGCAGGGCAGAAAACAGGGGACGGCAGAAGACAGAAGCGGGGGCAGGGGGCAAGAGGGGCACGGAAGACGGAAGGAAACAGCGGGAGCGAAGAGAGAGAAAAGCGGGGGAGCAGAGGGGGGCGGGAGGGCACGGCAGGGGAACAGAAACACGAGGGCAACAGGACGGGACGCAGAAAGCGGGAAACGGACAAGCGGGAGCAGGGAAGGCCGAACAGGAGGGGGGGGCAGAGAACGGCGAACACAGGAAAAACGGGCGGACAGCAGGGCAGAAAACAGGGGACGGCAGAAGGCAGAAGCAGGGGCAGGGGGCAAGAGGGGCACGGAAGACGGAAGGAAACAGCGGGCGCGAAGAGAGAGAAAAGCGGGGAGCAGAGGGGGGCGGGAGGGCACGGCAGGGAACAGAAACACGAGGGCAGCAGGACGGGACGCAGAAAGCGGGAAACGGACAAGCGGGAGCAGGGAAGGCCGAACAGAAGGGGGGGGCAGAGAACGGCGAACACAGGAAAAACGGGCGGACAGCAGGGCAGAAAACAGGGGACGGCAGAAGGCAGAAGCGGGGGCAGGGGGCAAGAGGGGCACGGAAGACGGAAGGAAACAGCGGGCGCGAAGAGAGAGAAAAGCGGGGGAGCAGAGGGGGCGGGAGGGCACGGCAGGGAACAGAAACACGAGGGCAGCAGGACGGGACGCAGAAAGCGGGAAACGGACAAGCGGGAGCAGGGAAGGCCGAACAGGAGGGGGGGGCAGAGAACGGCGAACACAGGAAAAACGGGCGGACAGCAGGGCAGAAAACAGGGGACGGCAGAAGACAGAAGCGGGGGGCAGGGGGGCAAGAGGGGCACGGAAGACGGAAGGAAACAGCGGGAGCGAAGAGAGAGAAAAGCGGGGGAGCAGAGGGGGCGGGAGGGCACGGCAGGGGAACAGAAACACGAGGGCAGCAGGACGGGACGCAGAAAGCGGGAAACGGACAAGCGGGAGCAGGGAAGGCCGAACAGGAGGGGGGGGCAGAGAACGGCGAACACAGGAAAAACGGGCGGACAGCAGGGCAGAAAACAGGGGAGGGCAGAAGACAGAAGCGGGGGCAGGGGGCAAGAGGGGCACGGAAGACGGAAGGAAACAGCGGGCGCGAAGAGAGAGAAAAGCGGGGGAGCAGAGGGGGGCGGGAGGGCACGGCAGGGGAACAGAAACACGAGGGCAACAGGACGGGACGCAGAAAGCGGGAAACGGACAAGCGGGAGCAGGGAAGGCCGAACAGGAGGGGGGGGCAGAGAACGGCGAACACAGGAAAAACGGGCGGACAGCAGGGCAGAAAACAGGGGAGGCAGAAGGCAGAAGCGGGGGCAGGGGGCAAGAGGGGCACGGAAGACGGAAGGAAACAGCGGGCGCGAAGAGAGAGAAAAGCGGGGGAGCAGAGGGGGCGGGAGGGCACGGCAGGGCAACAGAAACACGAGGGCAGCAGGACGGGACGCAGAAAGCGGGAAACGGACAAGCGGGAGCAGGGAAGGCCGAACAGAAGGGGGGGGCAGAGAACGGCGAACACAGGAAAAACGGGCGGACAGCAGGGCAGAAAACAGGGGACGGCAGAAGACAGAAGCGGGGGCAGGGGGGCAAGAGGGGCACGGAAGACGGAAGGAAACAGCGGGCGCGAAGAGAGAGAAAAGCGGGGGAGCAGAGGGGGGCGGGAGGGCACGGCAGGGGAACAGAAACACGAGGGCAGCAGGACGGGACGCAGAAAGCGGGAAACGGACAAGCGGGAGCAGGGAAGGCCGAACAGGAGGGGGGGCAGAGAACGGCGAACACAGGAAAACGGGCGGACAGCAGGGCAGAAAACAGGGACGGCAGAAGACAGAAGCGGGGGCAGGGGGCAAGAGGGGCACGGAAGACGGAAGGAAACAGCGGGCGCGAAGAGAGAGAAAAGCGGGGAGCAGAGGGGCGGGAGGGCACGGCAGGGAACAGAAACACGAGGGCAGCAGGACGGGACGCAGAAAGCGGGAAACGGACAAGCGGGAGCAGGGAAGGCCGAACAGAAGGGGGGGGCAGAACGGCGAACACAGGAAAAACGGGCGGACAGCAGGGCAGAAAACAGGGACGGCAGAAGACAGAAGCGGGCAGGGGCAAGAGGGGCACGGAAGACGGAAGGAAACAGCGGGAGCGAAGAGAGAGAAAAGCGGGGGAGCAGGGGGCGGGAGGGCACGGCAGGGCAACAGAAACACGAGGGCAGCAGGACGGGACGCAGAAAGCGGGAAACGGACAAGCGGGAGCAGGGAA